GUAAUGGUAACCGUUCAAGCACAUUUUUCAUUUUCGGUAUUGCUGUUAAAGACAAGCACGUGUACCGUACUGUGUACAGACUACAACGUGUUGACUAGAUGAGUCGAUUUGUAGCGUUUGACUAAACUAAAGACUUAGUUUUAGAUUAGAAAUGGCUGCAACGAAAACUGUGGAAGGCGAUAGAGCUGCGUGGAAUGUUUUUCAUGCUUUGGAUUUACUGUGCAAAAAUAACGCAUCAUGCUCAGAAAAACUGAGGAGCUACCUCGCCAAAUCGAUUUGGAACAAACUGGACCGCAACACUAUUUUAAGCAUCCUGUCAGAACAGUUUCUUAACACAAAGUCUGUGGUAGAUAUCUGCAUUUUCUUUAGGCCUAUUGUACUGGAAAUUGCAGAAAGGACAAAAGACACAAUUUUGAAACAUGGCCAUUGUAAUAGAAGACUUCUAUGCAAAUUUGCUGUUGCUCUUGGUCUUGGCUUACCCUAUUGCUCAGAGCUGAAAAGAUUUGCUGCAGAUUUUAUGAAAUGCCAUAAACCAUUUGUUUCUGAAGAUCAAGAGCCAGAACCAAAAAAAGUGAAAAAAGACAAGAUUUCAGAUGUGGAUUGGUGCUGCGCUAUUUACAAUUAUGUCAGUCACGGAAAGGAGGUGGGGCUCAGCUUUGGCAUUGAUUUAAUCCUUUGUCACUUGACAAACCAGAAUCUCCUAGUCAGAUGGUAUGCAGUACUUUCAGUUUCCAACAUGUUGGCAAUGUCUCAGUAUCAGAAAGAGAUUUUCCUCAACAAAUACUUCACACCAGAUGAGCUACGAGAGCUGGUCUUAAAAUGUGCCCAGGAGAAGGAAUGCAAAAAUAUGCUAGCUGUUCAAGGACAAAAAGCUGUUAUUAUGGAAACGCCACUUACAGACCUUACCCACACCCGUCAAGAGCUGUUGCACUCUGACCUAUCACCUGGAGUUGUUAGUGUGGGAGGUGUGCUGCUUCCUCGACUGACAAGAGAAGCAGGAGAGUGUGGCAUAAACAUGGAGGCUUUGCUGCACUGGGUGGGUGUGGAUUCCAUGCUCGAUAAUCUGCGAAGUUUGGCACUGGCCGUGUCAGCAGGGCGUCCUGUCCUUGUGGAAGGUGUUGUCGGCAGUGGAAAAACAUCUCUAAUUCAACACAUAGCAGUCUUGACCGGCCGAUGCAAAGCUCCUCAUUUUCUGAAGCUGCAGCUUGGAGAUCAGACAGACAGCAAGGCUUUACUAGGCACAUAUCAGUGCACUGAAAUACCUGGACAGUUUGUCUGGAGAGCAGGAGUGUUAACAGAAGCAGUGCUGAAAGGCCACUGGAUUCUUUUAGAGGAUCUUGACCUCGCACCUAUGGAGGUAGUGUCAGCCCUGGCCCCUUUGCUCCAAACAUCUACACUGUCUCUUCCAGGGCAUGGUGAUCUUCUACAUGCUGUCCCAGGAUUUCAGAUUUUUGCCACACAGAGGCUGAUGUCUGCGGGCAGUGGAGUCUAUACACAGCACAGAAAUUCAGCCAUCUUGGACAGUUUGUUUACACGGAUCACCAUCCAGCCUCUGUCUCGGUCAGAAUUGCAGGAGGUGAUCACGGCAAAGUUCCCCACCUUGUGCAGUGUCAUACCUCGACUUCUUGACAUAUAUUUUCUGCUGUCUGCUGGACGCCAUGAUAUGUCUUCUGACUUUUCAAAGUCGGAUGUUGAUGCCCAUGAUGAUGAAGGCACUGUUGGAAAAUUUCUUUCUCUGACUGGACGUCUAAUUUCUACAAGAGAUCUGCUGCUUUGGUGCAGCCAUAUUGCAUCCGACUUUGAUGAGGCCUCAUCAGCUUCUGGAACAAAAGUUUUCCAGGCUGCUUUGGAUUGCUUUGUAGGGUGCCUAUCCAGUCCCUCAAAGCGGUUGCUUUUGGCAGAGGCCAUUGCAACAAAACUCAGCAUUACCAAAGAUAGAGCAGAAUAUUUUUUGAAUAAACAUAAACCCAGUGUGGAUAUUUCACCAACAGCCCUUUCAGUGGGGAGAGGUGUCCUUCAAUGCAAAGACCAGGGACAAGUCCAUCUUUCCAGAUCUGUACCCACCACCUUUUCUUUCACUCGUCCAUCUGCAGCUCUCAUGGAGCGUAUUGCUGUGAGUGUAGAACGAAAUGAGCCUGUUCUUCUGGUUGGAGAAACUGGAACUGGGAAGACUUCAUCUGUGCAGUUCUUGGCACGUCAAUGUGGUCACAAAUUGCAUGUAAUAAACCUGAAUCAGCAGAGUGACAGUACCGACCUUCUUGGAGGGUUUAAACCAGUAGACCUUAAGUUCAUCAUGAGGCCAUUCAAAGAAGAGUUUGAGGAAGUUUUCUGUGAAACCUUCUCCCGCAAUCAGAAUGCUGUCUUUCUUGGACAUGUGCAGACGUGUUUCACACAGAAAAGGUGGCGUGAUCUUCUAGCAGUUGUUGAUCAUGUGUGCAGCACAGCUGUUAGAAAGAACUCUUCUACUGAGUCAAACAGAAUCCAGAAGUGGCAAAUGUUGAGAGAGAGGCUGCAGCAGCUAAAGCUGCAGGUGCAAGAAACUGAAAAUGUUCUGGCCUUCUCAUUCAUCGAGGGAACUUUAGUGAAGGCCCUACGUAAUGGAGAUUGGGUUCUGCUGGAUGAAAUCAACCUUGCAGCUGCUGAGACCUUGGAGUGCUUGGCAAGUUUGCUGGAGUCCACAAAGGAUUCGGUUGUUCUCAUAGAGAGAGGAGAUCUGGAACCCAUCAUCCGACACAAAGAUUUUCGUCUAUUUGCCUGUAUGAAUCCAGCAACAGAUGUGGGCAAGAAAGAUCUCACUCCAGGAAUUCGAAACAGGUUUACCGAAUUUUAUGUGGAUGAAUUAGAUGAACCAGCUGACCUCCGAACUCUUGUGAGUGACUAUCUACAGGGUCUGUCCUUGACACCUGAACAGGUGAAUGGUGUGGUCAAGUUUUAUCUUGAAAUACGCCAGCAAGCUGCCACAAAGCUGGUGGAUGGAACAGGACAUAAGCCUUGCUACAGUCUGAGAACUUUGUGUCGAGCUCUUUGCUUUGCUCGUUCCCAUAACUGUGGAAGCAUUGCUAGAUCACUGUAUGAGGGAUUUUGCUUGAGUUUCCUCACUCAGCUUGACCAUGUUUCUCACCCUGCGGUACAGCAGCUUAUUUGCAAACACAUCCUGGGCAAUGCCAACAUCAAGUCCAUCCUCAAGCAGCCACUCCCACAACCACCAGGUGGCUGCCAUCUUAAGUUUGAAGGCUACUGGAUUUCUUGUGGCACCUUGAAGCCAUCAGUUCCAGAGAACUACAUCUUGACACCAUCUGUCAGGGCAAACUUGAAGGACUUAGCACGUGUGGUGUCAGCUGGGACUCACCCUGUCCUACUGCAGGGUGAGACUUCUGUGGGGAAAACUAGCCUUAUCACCUGGCUAGCCCACAGCACCGGCAACAUUUGCAUGCGUGUCAACAAUCAUGAGCACACAGAUCUGCAGGAGUAUGUUGGAUGUUAUGCAGCAGAUGAAUCAGGGAAGCUUGUCUUCAGAGAGGGUGUUUUAGUGGAAGCAAUGAGAAAGGGCUACUGGAUCAUACUGGAUGAGUUGAACCUGGCUCCAACGGAUGUUCUGGAAGCUUUAAACAGGUUGCUGGAUGAUAAUCAUGAACUGUUCAUUCCGGAGACCCAGGAAAUGGUGCGCGCCCACCCCAAAUUCAUGCUCUUUGCUACUCAGAACCCUCCUGGACACUAUGGAGGUCGCAAGGUGUUGUCUCGAGCAUUUCGCAAUCGAUUUGUGGAGCUGCACUUUGAUGAGAUUCCCAAACCAGAACUGGAGACCAUCCUUCACCAGCGCUGCAGCAUCCCACUGUCCUAUGCUCGUCGUCUGGUUGCCGUCAUGGCAGAUCUGCAGGUAAGGAGACAAGGGUCAGGAGUCUUUGCAGGCAAACAAGGAUUUAUGACCUUGCGUGAUCUGUUCCGUUGGGCUGAACGCUACAAGUGUCCAGAUGCUGGCAAAAACAGCAAAUACUACAACUGGGAUCAGCACUUGGCAGACCAUGGUUUCAUGCUGCUUGCGGGCCGUGUUCGCAAAGAAGAGGAAGUGGCCAUUAUUCAGGAGGUGAUUGAAAAACACAUGAAGUGUAGGGUGGGGCCAGAGCGCUUGUUUAACCUGUCUGGAGACACAUCCCCAACUGUCAUAUCCAUUUUGCAAGAAGUGAUGGGCCAGUCACCAUUGGCUGCUGAUGUGUCAUCUGGUCGAUCUGCAGUGAGCAGCAGAGUGAACGGAUUUGAACACAUUGUGUGGACUCACAGCAUGAGGCGAUUGGCAGUUCUCAUUGGUCAGGCCAUACGGUUUAAUGAACCUGUUUUACUGGUUGGAGACACUGGGUGUGGUAAAACUACCAUGUGCCAACUGUUUGCUGCCAUGAGCCAGAAGGACCUGCAUUCUGUCAACUGCCAUCUUCACUCUGAAAGUGCAGAUUUUCUUGGAGGAUUAAGACCUGUUCGAACUCAUGACAAAGAUGUGGAUAGCACACAACAGAAACUAUUUGAAUGGGUUGAUGGCCCACUGGUGACAGCCAUGAAAACUGGAUCUGUCUUUUUGAUUGACGAAAUCUCUCUGGCAGAAGACUCCGUCCUGGAACGUUUAAACUCAGUCUUGGAAUCUGAGCGUUCCCUGCUUUUAGCUGAGAAAGGUGGAGGUGACGGAGUAGGUAGCAAAGUGGAGAUUGUGCAAGCAUUAGAAGGGUUUCAGAUAUUUGCUACCAUGAAUCCUGGAGGGGACUUUGGGAAGAAAGAGUUGUCACCAGCACUGAGAAACCGGUUCACGGAGAUCUGGUGCCCACAGUCAAUGGAUCAAGAAGAUUUGAUUGCUAUAAUUGAUCACAACAUCGUACCUGGACUUUCUUUCUCCAGUAACCAGGAAAAAAGCAUUUGUUUUGGUGCUGCCAUUAUGGAUUUUGUGACUUGGUUUUCUAACAGUGAGAUUGGGAAAAGAUGUACUGUCAGCAUUCGUGACAUUCUAACGUGGGUAAACUUCAUCAACACCUGCAGCAAGGAUCAUUGGCAUGGUCAGCAUAGUAUUGAGGCCAAAGUCAGUCUUGAUCCAGCUGUUGCUUACAUCCAUGGGGCUUGCCUGGUGUUUCUUGAUGCCCUUGGAUCAGGGAUAACAAGUCGAAUUGGUGAUUUUGAUACAGACCUGGCUCGAACAACAUGCUUGACAUAUCUUCAGCAUCAAGUCAAGAACAUCACUGGUCAAAUUUUUCUCUUGAAGAGAUUGGCCUGUGGUCAGGGAAAAGAAAGGAAAUCCCAAGUAGAGGCAGAUGAGAAAUAUGCCUUGGAGGCACCAACAACAUGUAGUAAUGCUCAGCGCCUGCUGCGAGGCCUGCAACUGCCACGGCCUUUGCUGCUGGAGGGAGCACCUGGCGUCGGCAAGACCAGUCUGGUAGCUGCUGUGGCACGACUGGCAGGCAGGAAAUUGGUGCGGAUCAACUUGUCUGAGCAGACUGAUGUGAGUGACCUUUUCGGUGCAGACCUACCUGUAGAAGGUGGUGCAGGAGGAACAUUUGCUUGGUGUGAUGGCCCCUUCCUGCAGGCGUUGAAGGCAGGACAUUGGGUUGUUUUUGAUGAGUUAAACCUUGCAUCACAGUCGGUGUUGGAAGGCCUCAAUGCCUGUCUUGAUCAUCGAGGAGAAAUCUAUAUCCCAGAAUUAAGUCGCACCUUCCAGAUACAGCAUGGCCGUACACAGAUCUUUGCCUGCCAGAACCCACAGAAUCAAGGUGGUGGCCGAAAGGGCUUGCCACGGUCCUUUUUGAACAGAUUUACGCAGGUUUAUGUGGAACCGCUAACCAGAGAGGACCUCAUUUUUAUCUGUACCUCCAUGUAUCCCAGUAUUCCUCUCUACAUUCUCACAAAAAUGGUAGACUUUAAUAUGAAGAUGCAUGAAGAAACAAUGAUCGUGUGUUCGUGGGGGCAAAAAGGUGCACCCUGGGAGUUCAAUCUGCGAGACAUCAACCGAUGGUGUGAGCUCAUGCUUACAAAUCAGUCCAGGUUCAGCUUUGAUCCAGGCAUGCAUGCAGCUUUGAUUUACCAAGAUCGGAUGAGAACUUGGACUGACAAAAAGAAAGUUGCUGACAUUUUCUCCCUUGUGUUUGGCUCCGAGGCUUGGCUUUACCAGUCCAGCCGUCACUUGAGUGUCACACCUUCUCACUUGCAGCUGGGUAACGUGUUUCUGCCCAGAGAAUGUGGCCGCAGUGUUGAUGGCGGUGAGGACCAGCUGAUGCUGCUACAUCACAGCCUUGGUCCGUUGGAGUCAUUGAUGACCUGCAUAAACAUGGGCUGGAUGGCUGUUUUGGUUGGAACAUCAUCAAGUGGCAAAUCCAGUUUGGUGCGACUGCUGGCAGAUCUGACAGGCCACCAACUGCUUGUGUUGCCUAUGAGCAGUGCCAUGGACACAACUGAACUUCUUGGUGGCUUUGAGCAGGCUGAUAUUGGGCGCCAUCUGUUGGAGAUCUCUGAAGAAGUUGAGGCAGAAGUGCGAACUUUCCAGCGACAGUGUCUCAUAGAUGCCGAUUCAAGCAAAUCAGGAUUGGCCUUGAGCCUUGACAAUCACCUGCAAAAGCUAAAGAGCACAAACAUCACAGAUGUAUGCUCAGAUCCUGGGAAGGAGGUUGAGCGUCUCAAGUCUCAGGUUCACCAGCUUCAGAGACUGAUUCAGAUUCUUCAGACCCAGCAGAUGCCAUCUGAACGUUUGACAGAAUUGGCAACCAUUUUGGAGAGCCAGCUAAGAUCUCUAAAAUGUGCCCACCCUGGAGUUGGUGGAGUAGGAAGUGGGACAUUUGAAUGGGUAGACAGCGUGCUGGUCAAAGCUCUGCAGUCUGGGGCAUGGCUACUGAUUGACAAUGUCAAUUUCUGCAGCCCCUCUGUACUCGAUCGAUUGAAUGCUCUUUUGGAGCCUGGUGGUGUUCUGACUAUAAAUGAGAGAGGUGCAACAGAUGGCAGUAUACCCACCAUUAAGCCUCAUCCUCAUUUCAGGUUGUUUUUAACCAUGGAUCCCAAGCAUGGAGAAAUUUCUCGAGCCAUGAGAAACAGAGGAGUGGAAAUUUACAUCCCUGGAGAAGAGGAUGGCUGCCCUUACAGCCACCAUGAUAUCUUGAGCAUGCUGCAAGGUAGAGGACUUGGCAGCCAGAUGGCCUGUGAUUGGCUGAUGCAGCUGCAUUCAGUGCUCAGAGAGAGGCUACCUAGUAAUGAGAGGCCAGGUAUGUGUAGCCUUCUUCACUCAGCUGUGAAAACAAAACAGCAACUAGAGAAAGGGGUCAGCAUGUACAAAGCUCUGCAACGCGCUGCAAAAAGUGUCUAUGGCAGCAGAAUGACAAGUUUAACAACCAGAGAGACGGUGCGGCUAUCCUGUUAGAGCAAGAAGAGCUGCUGACUCAGCUAGAAAAAGAUUCAAGCAAAGUAGCAACAGAGCUGCAAGUGGAACAGUCAUUGAUUGCAUCCACUUACAUCAGUAUCAGGAGAACAGCAUGUUAACCACAGUACAGGAAGCAGCCAGGGUUCUGUGCGUUCUGGCAUCAAGACCAGAACUCUUUGGGUUUGAGGUGUCUCAGGAAAGUAGUACAUCCGAUUACACCUACAGGCUAUGCUGUCAGCAGCCCUACAUUUUUGUGGGACAGAUGAGUAGGCGGACUUGGAAACUGGCUGUAGAUUGGCUGAAAAUGUACAUAGUUAAGAGUCAACACGAUGCCAGAAAGAAGCAGGCUGAGAACUUAACAGAGAAGGCUGUGUAUCAGAAAUGUUUACAGAGGGCCUUACACGUAAUUGAAAUGAGUGUGCAUACAGUAUUUGAAGGACUGUCAAGGGCAACUUAUGAUGAUGCUUUGAACGCACUUUGCUGCAAUAACCAUGAAGCGUUUGAAUUAUUGGUUGAUCAGCCAUGGGAUCUCACCACUAAUCCUCAGUUACUGCAGAGAGUAAUGACUGUCCUAGCACAAUGUGACCUUCAGUACAAAGCCCCCCAGCUUCAGGACAAUGAUAUACAGUCACAGCUGACCAGGAAACUUGAACCUGUGAAAGUCAGCUGUU